ACACCAGUUUUUCUCUGAAGACAUUUAAAUUGGAUAUUUGGGGAUUUUUUUUUUUUGGAAUACAAUGAGUGGUGUUUCAAAGCGCAUUUUGGAUGUAACAAGCGUGGAGAAGAGAAAACAUUAGCUUAGCUUGAUAUUUUCUCUCUCGUUCCCGUCGCUCAUGGAUAUCUUAUUUCCCUCGACUGGUAUUUUUUCUUAGUUCAAUUCCACAAGCGAAGGUAUUUGGCAGCCUGUACACUGGCUGAAAUAUCGAAGAGAAAGUGCAAAACGUGAGCCCGACACCUUUGCGCGCGCGCGCACACACACAUAUACAUGUAGCGCUGAGCUGCUCGUGUAUAUACCCCCGCCCCCUCAGGUAGCCUCCGAAUUCAGGUUUGACUACACACCUUACAUUUCUGUGACACAAUGGUGAGCGCUGGCCCCAGCAUCGUGUACGAGUGGCUGAAAACACUCCAGCUCUGCCAGUAUGUCGAAGCGUUCGUAGAUAAUGGCUACGACGACUUGGAAGUUUGUAAACAGAUUGGCGACCCUGACCUGGAUGCCAUCGGCGUGUUCAUACCGCACCACAGACAACGGAUUCACGAUGCCGUGACAAGACUCAAAGACGAAGAAAAGCAAGCCGCUUCAGGGCUUUAUUUCACUUUAGAGCCACUGAUCCCGAGCUUGAGGGGAUCCAGAUCGUGGAAGGAUCAAACUGGGAAAACAUGCACGGGGUCAUAUAGGAACCUUGCGCCCCAGACCCAGGAGCUUCUGGUCUACCCGAAACUGAAGCUGAAGAUCAUGAUCAGGGAUAAACUCGUCAGGGAUGGCAUUAAUCUGGCUAGGUCUCCGUAUUCUAAAAAGCUCCUGGGGGACUUGCUGCUGCUGCUGCUGGAGACUGGUUUGGAGGAGGUGCUGCAGCAGAGACUUCAUGCAGAAGGUUGUAGAGACAGAAGGUUGCAGCCAAUCGUCCUUCCAGCAGAGUGGAUGACGCGCUACAGUCUGCCCUUGUCCCCGGCAGUGGCAGUAGCAUACCAGACGGUGAUGGAGGAGGUAAGGAUGGACUCAAUUAUGGUGGUGUAA